AUGGGUUCAGCACCUCCUGAAGCGGACGACUAUGAUCUCCCUCUGUACUCGGUCCACGAAGAUCACCACAAACCUCUCCUCUUGACCGACGAGGAGGCUCAGACCGGAAAACCUAAUCAGGAAGGUCCCAGCACGCCGUUAUCGUCAUCGUCGCCCUCAUCUUCGUCUUCAAAGCCCACGGUCCCACCUCGAUACUCGAUCUCCCUCGUCAUCGGUCCCGAGCCCUCUACUCGUCCCAGUCAUUUCACCGUCCGUAUCCACGGUGGUACUUUGAUCUUGUUCCUCUUAGCUUCCCUGUUCGUCACUCGGGUCGUCCAGACCUUGUCGUGCUUCUCACCCAAGUCCGCAUCAUCGAUCGGACAAAGCGGCAAGAGUUUCACGUUACAUCCUUCUACGGCCAAGAUUCAUCGAGGAAUUGAUUGGAGUGAGAUCUCACCGGAGAAGGUGUGCGAGAAGAAGGAGAGGAGGGGUAUUGAUCUGGAAGAGUUUGCGAAGAGGAGGGAUACGCUCGCGGGGUUACUUAGUUCGGGGCAGGAGGACGAUUGGGGGGUUUGGGUAUCGGAACCUAGGUUAGUUCGAGGGAUGGAUUGGGGUUUAGGGAGUGUGAGAAACUGAUGGUGGUUCGACUCUAGUCCAAAUACGUUGUACUACGUCAACCUCAGCACGAGCGAGUGAGUGAAUCCGUCGAACCCCCAAAAAAGAUCAAGAUCUUCACUGAUCCCUUUGAGCCCAUCAUCUGCAGUUGGUACCUCUCCGAAAGACCCUGGCUGGUCGUUAUAACACCUUCCAUCUCGACCUCUUCCCCCAAGGCGCAUCUCUCUAUCCUCACUCCCUCUUUCGAGCUCUCGCGAACCAAACGUCUCCCCUUCGCCCUCUCUCCUUCGGACCUGUCCCAAAUCUCUUGGGUCACAUGGGAAGAAGCCGAAAACCCUUACGCCAUUCUAAGUCAACACCUCGGCGACCUCUACGCCUCUUACCUUUCCUCAAUUAAAGAAUCGAAAGCAAAAUGGACGAUUCAUCUCGAGGAGAAUACGAGGCAACUUGUUGCGGAUGGGAUUGGUCAGGCGAUGAGGAGGGGAGUCGAAGGGAGGGGACUGGAGGUGAAAGUCGGUUUGGUGGGGGAGAGUAUCCGAGAGCAGAGGAUGAGGAAGACGAAGAAGGAAAGGGAGCUGUUGAGAUGCGUUUCAAAGGUCAGUCCAGAAUGAGGGACUUGGGAGACUUUGGUUUGGAAAGGGGUUUGGAGCUCAUGGGUUGGGACCAUUGCAAACGACAGGUCACGAUGCAUGCGCUUCGCAAGGUACAGACACACCUUCAAGUCGGCAUGUCGGAGAAGCAGGGCGAAGCGGUUCGUACUCCUCAUCGUACAAAUGUCGUCAAUAAAUUACCUAGAGUCUGGGCUGAACGAACUCGGUGUUACGCCUCCCCUACGCCGCGCAGCUCAUCUACAACGCUCUAACCUCGGCCGGCCUGACGGACUUGAGCAUCAUCGUCCUCUUCGGUGCCAACGCGGCGUUACCCCAUGCUUCUGCUUCUGCAGACAAGUGGUUGGAAGAGGGCGAGUUUGCCCUGUUCGACGUCGGAGGCACGUUGAAGGGUUAUAUCGUGAGUGUCCAGAUCGUGCUGACACCGAAAGUUCCAGCAUCCAGCAGCCGAGAGGACUGACCCGAUUGCCAAUCGCUCCCCAAAGUCCGACUUCACACGAACGAUGCUCCCCAAUCCUCGCUCCUCACUCCACCCUAGUAUCGAACCCAGCUGGCCUUCCCGCCGUUCCCAAACCAUCUGGAACCUCGUACACGAUGCGCAGGCGACCGCUCUCCGAACCCUCGACAAACGAAUCAACAUCACCGCAGCCGAAGUCGACCUCUCUGCGCGUCGCAUCAUCACUGAUGCAGGAUACGGGGAUCAUUUCACCCAUCGACUGGGACAUGGGAUCGGACUGCAAGGGCACGAAGGGCCUUAUUUGAAUUCGGGGAACUCAGGGACUUGGUUGAAAGAGGGAGAAGUAUUCUCGAUCGAGCCGGGGGUCUAUUUGGAAAAUCAACUUGGAGUGAGGUUGGAAGAUUUGGUGAUCAAGACCGAAGAAGGGUACGAGUUGGUCUGGUCAGCAGGGUUGGCGAAAUCGCCGUGGCUACCUUGA